AUGUCUUCACAAGAAACCAUCACCCUACGCACCAUUGGAGCGGCGUCAACCGCCUUGGCCAUUAGCUCCGCCAGCUUGAACGCCUCGCUGACCUUGUUCACGAUCCCACGAUGUCUAGAGCUUCCACCGCCCCUCAAUGCUCAGAUCUGGGCAAACAUGUUCAGGGUGACCAAAUGGGCAGUUCCCAUACCAAUGUUGAUUAGCGGUGCGGGUUACUACUACUUGGCCUGGACACAGCGGAAUAUCCCAUCAACAAUCGUGGUGCUUCCGACGAUCAACACACUUUUAGAGAAAUUGGCAUCUUGGAAAGAUGCCUCAGUCCACCAGAUUCAGGAGGACGAGGAUUUGGGGACCACAGCGCAUGCUUUGAUUCGUCGUUGGAGCAUCUUGAACCUGGGCCGCGCUAUUCCGGUCAUGCUUGCAGGACUUUUGGGGCUCUAUAGCUAUUUGUGA